AAUGUAAUAAAAUCGGCUACACCUGGAUUACCGUCGCAGUUAAGUUAAUAGAACGGGAGUAACCAUAUUUCGACAAACUCCGUCAAAAGAAGUCAACAUGAACACUGUAUUCUUCAUUGAAACCGUGUUACUGUUAGGAACGCUUGUCCACACACAGAGUACAGGACCACCUCCAGUCAACAGUUCGCCCCCUACUCGAGAAACACAUCACGAGUCAAGGAGAGUGUGCAGAGAGAACGUCACUUGUGAUGUAUGUACAAGAUUGAACGGUACCUGCAGUACAAACGGACAAUGUUGUCAUAACGUAACUUACAGCGAACGUCCACCACACGAGCGUUGCUUUGACAUGAACGGUACAUGUGGUAGUAACUGUACACAAAAGGGUGGUCGGUGUGAUGCAGGAAAGUGCUGUUUCAGUGAAGAACCACCACAUGAGCGUUGUUAUCCUGUGGACGGUACAUGUGGUAGAAACUGUACAGAAAAGGGUGGCCGAUGUGAUGCAGGAAAGUGCUGUUUCAGGGAAGGACCACCACACGAGCGUUGCAUUGUUAUGAACGGUACAUGCGGUAGUAAUUGCACUCAAAAAGGUGGUCGAUGUGAUGCCGGAAAGUGUUGUUUCGGUGAAGAACCACCACAUGAGCGUUGUUAUCCUGUGGACGGUACAUGUGGUAGAAACUGUACAGAAAAGGGUGGCCGAUGUGAUGCAGGAAAGUGCUGUUUCAGGGAAGGACCACCACACGAGCGUUGCAUUGUUAUGAACGGUACAUGCGGUAGUAAUUGUACACAUAAAGGUGGUCGAUGUGAUGCCGGAAAGUGUUGUUUCGGUGAAGAACCACCACAUGAGCGUUGUUAUCCUGUGGACGGUACAUGUGGUAGAAACUGUACAGAAAAGGGUGGCAGAUGUGAGGCAGGAAAGUGCUGUUUCAGCAAAGGACCACCACACGAGCGUUGCUUUGUCACAAACGGUACAUGCGGUAGUAAUUGUACACAAAAGGGUGGUCGAUGUGAUGGAGGGAAAUGCUGUUUCGAUGAAGAACCUGACCACAAGCGUUGCUUUCACGUAAAGGGUACAUGCGGUAGUAAUUGUACACAAAAAGGUGGUCGAUGUGAUGGAGGGAAGUGCUGUUUCGAUGAAGAACCACCUCACGGUCGUUGCAUUCCUAUGGACGGCACAUGUGGUAGAAACUGUAUGCAAAGAGGUGGUCGAUGUGUUGGAAGCAAGUGUUGUUUCAGUGAAGAUGAUAAAGACCACGACGAGGACAAGAGUUGGGAUGAUAAUGAUUCUAAAGACAAAGAUGAUAGCAGGAAUUGGGAUGAUGGAAAAGAUCAUGGUAGAGAUUCUGAAGACAGCGAUGAUGACGAAGAAUACAGAGAUCAUAUGGGUAUGAAAGUCAGAUGUACGAGAGCAAAAUGUACUGAAUCGUGUAAACGACGGGGCGGAUUUUGUUUGGCAGGGAAAUGCUGUUACAAAAAGACUGAAAAAGAAGCCCAGUCACGCUGUGAGAAGGAAAAAAGACGAUUAAAUGCCGUGAGAGAAAGACAAACGCCUGCUGGAUCCCGUUCUGACGUUGUACAUAUUAACUGUACUUCCACCGGUUCGUUCCUGUCUCGUUGUCAGGGAAACGAGUGCCACUGCUUGAAUGCAAGCUCUGGCGAGAGAGUUGGACAGUCAAAGAGGGUUGCAACUUUUAAUAAAAAUAGCUGUGACGAAGUACAAAAGAAGACUAAGGUUGAACAUCUAAACUUUACCAGCAAACUUUCAUCACGUCGUAUGAGUGACUUUAGUCGGACUGAACUUGAAGAGAUGAAAGUGCUACUUAGAAAUGGAAUUGAAAGCAGGGUUCCCGUAAAUGCUGUCGUAAGGCUCUUUGAGGGAAGCGUCAUGGCAGAGAUUGAAAUGACUACGUGUUUGGCUGACUGUCCAGCUACCGCAAACACCUCAGACUUGUACUCAUUUGGCAUGGAAAUUGUUUCCCAGAUUGAGGAAGGAAACAUUGUAUUAGAAGUGAAUGGACAAACGUUGAUCCCGACAGAACCUAAAAUCACAGGCAUUACAACCACAGCAAUGUUGGAGGCCAUGGAGAAAGACACGGAAGUGAAGCUGAGAGAAACAGAGGACAAGAUGGUGACCGUCACCAUAGCAUUGGUUGUUGUUGCAGUUGUUGUAGUCUUGAUGUCAAUAGGAGUUGCUUGCUAUUGCUACAGCAGGAACAACAAGCUGAAAAUGAAACAAGCUUACUUUAACAAUAUACAGGCAAAAGACAACCCAGCCUACAUGAAAGCUUAAAAAAUAUUGCAGACAUGGGAAGCUAGAUGCUGGCCACUGGAUAGUGAUAAAUAACUGCUAACUGCGCAUCAUUAGACGAGUUUUAAAAAAAGACUAUUUUCUUUCCUCAAAGCAAUUAAUUUUCUUUUUUAGAUGUUAUCGCUUUAAACAUUUUCAGAACGAUCAAAAGCUGAACUGUCAAUAUGUUAUAGCCAAGAUGUGAUUUUUAUGAUAAAAUAAGGAAAUAUACGUUAUUUCACAACAGAAGACAAUGUAUAGUUGGCGUUAUUAGACACUUAUCAAAAAUGAUAAUACCAACUAAAUUGAACGAUUGUGACAACUAGAUUGUUGUGCGCGUUGCCUGCUUAAUUGUUUUUCUCUGUUACUUUUAAUACUCAUUUAUUCCAGAAAUGUUAGAUUCUUUGUUUUACGUUGUUUUGUUGUAUAUAUUAUUUUCAAAAUACCCCAAGCAAGAUUUCUUCGAAAGUGAUUCAGAUGUUUGCAUUAAAGGCAUCCUGAGUUUAAGGUGAUAGACAAUCUCUAUCAGUAUUUGCACACUUCUAGUAAACAACGUUAUGCGUGAAACGUGCAACGUUAUUGAACGGUGAAAUGUAAUUGUUAAAGUGCCAUAAAAUGUCAUGUUAGAAACAAAUGAAAUAGCUGUCCAAAUAGACGUUGUGCAUAAUUACUUUGUUCGAAAGAAAAACUUCUGCUAAUACUGUACAUGAAUUUUUACCGUUAGUGCUAUAAAGGGAAGGUAACCAAAAACAAUGGAUUCAAUAGAACUUUCUGUUAUAGUAAUCAAUAUUCAAACCUUGAUAAAAUAUAAGAGAAAACAAUUAUUGAAAAUAGCACUAACCAGGUAAUCAAUAUAUUUUACAUUGAUAACGAAAACUGCGGCAGACACAUUCUAAACAAAGGCACUAUUAGCCUUUAAGUUUUUUUUUUGUUUUUUUUAACUUUUGAAGCAAGUGCUAUGCAAAAUGUAGAUAGUCGAUGAAAUAUAUAUUUAUACGACAGAUAGAUUUUGGAGAUGUCUCUUUGUUAUAUAAAAUAUAAAAUAUAUGUUCUGUUCUGUUCUGUUCUAUGUAAUGUUUAAUGUAAGAAAACUAUUGUCUUUAUACAAUUAGGAUUUGAAAUCCACCUUUUCUUAUGAAUGUUAUUUGAUUCAGUGUGUUUUUAUUAAACUUUAAACUAUGUAACUUUGUUAAUUUUAUAUAUUUAAUAUUUUUGGCACACUCUUAACAUACAAAGCACAGCGAAACUUGUAUAGAAGUAUAUUUGAAUACUGUCUAGUUAGAAGUCUGUGACUGUUAGAUUUAAAAAAAAAGAAGUUUUUUGCAAAUUUUACAGACCGAAGAAGCACUUUAAUAGAACUAAUGACUAAAAACUAAAGAAUGAUUGAGAUUAAUUAACAUACUUACUUUGAGCCGCGCCAUGAGAAAACCAAAAUAGUGGCUUGCGACCAGCAUAGGUCCAGACCAGCCUGCGCAUCCGCGCAGUCUGGUCAGGAUCCAUGUUGUUCGCUUUCAAAGCCUUUUACAAUUAGAGAAACCGUAAGCGGAUGCGCACGCUGGUCUGGAUCCAUGCUGGUCACAAAGCCACUAUCUUGGUUUUCUCAUGGCCCGGCUCACUUUAUACUGUCUGUGUGUUCAAAACAGGAUCAAUACUUCAUUAAAAUUUAACUUGUA